AUGGACUCGUUCAUCCCCAUGGGCGGCGUCCAGCUGCCGUCGGUCGGGCGCCGGCUGAGCAGGCUGUACAAUGACACCAAGAAGUCGUCCGACUUCGUCAAGGAACCCGUCCAUCAUGCCAUUGCCGAGGCCGACCCGGAGAUCAAGUCGCUGCACCGCAAGCUGCGUAUCCAGAAGGACCGUCUUGUCAGCUGGGGCUUGGAGUGGUCGGACCCGAGCAACCAGUCGGCGGAGGUGUUGAUCGACUCGUCGCUUUCCAAGGCCGGCCUCAGCGAGGUCGUGGGCAGUAUCAUGUCCACCAUCAAGGACAUCCUCGCCGAGGCCGAACCGCUCUGGAACAGCUCUCGUCGCCUUGCCGGUGAGCGGGAGGAGCCGCCGAAAAGGGGCGAGAAGAUCCGGAUGGUCGUCUGGGACAAGAACAGGUUCGAAGACCUCAUCCGCGACCUGACGACCUCGAUCGACACUCUGUACGACCUCUCAAGGACUAGGUCAUCGUACGCCCAGCCCUCAGCCGCCGUCCGGGAGAGACUCUCCAGGCCGUCACCGGCUGCCGAGGAUCUGCGGCCGUUCGAAUCAUCCAGGAUACAGACACCAAAGCAGAUCGACCCCGCGUCUCUCACCAACCUGCGGUCCAUGCAGGCCGAGCCCAUGACGGAACGUGCCGAGCAGGAGCGUCGGGAGAUCGUCUUCAUGAGCAGGCAAGCCUACGCGGAGCUCACGCAGACCGCGGGCGGGCGGCAACCACACGCCCCGCUGCUCCUCGAGUACGCCACUUUCGACUCCAUCUACUCCAUGACCGGCAUCUCGCCGCCCAUGACGCGCUUCGAGAAGCUAUCGGCCGGCCUGCAGUCCGAGCCACAGCGGUCGCCAGGGUCCUGGACGGGCUUGCCUCGCCUGCUGGGUUACUUCGAAGACUUCCAGAACUCCCGGUUCGGGCUCGUCUACCAGUUUCCACGCAUGUUCAACCCUGUCACCUACGAGCACCUCACCCAGAACCCCCUCUACAAUCUGUGCUCCCUUGCCGACCUCCUUGCGCGCCCCGACUUUGAGCCCACGCUGGAGGCCAAAUACCGGCUCGCGGCCAAUCUUGCCAACACCGUCUUCGACAUGCACGCCAGGGGCAUCACCCACGGCAACCUAGUCAGCGAGAACAUCUCGUUUUGCAAUGCCGUGGGCACCGAUCCCGAAGUCAGCGGCAUCACGCAGGGCGAAGUCGACAUCAGGCGGCCCCUGAUCUCUUCCUUUGAUCUGUUCUCAGACCCACAGCUGCAGGAGGCUCCGAGACCUUUCUCUUUGUACAAGCACCCCCUUGAUCCCCGAAACAGCGUACAUUCGCCUCUGGCCAACAAUGCGGACUCCAAGACUUUUGAUCUCUACUCCCUCGCCAUGAUCCUCUUGUCCAUUGGGCUCUGGACCAAGCUCGAGAAUCUCGUGCCCAGCAUGGAAUCUCCGACGCUGCCCGAAUCUAUUCUGAAGCAGCUCGCCAACCGCUGCACCACGCUCUACGCGAAGGCCGUUGAAACCUGCUGGAACGCCGUGGACCAGGAAAUGAGUGGCGCCCACACCACCGAGGAGGUUGUCUACCGCGUGCAGUUUAAGGCAAGCCGCUAUCUCGAGGCCUGCUGCAUUCUGGAUAGCGUCAGUGCUUUGGAGGAGCGGCUCCGCGAUGAUCUCGGUGAGCCUCGGCCCGCGCCGCAACCCACAACGACAGCAGGCCCGUCAGAGGGAUCCCAGCCCGAGCAAUCAGAGGCUGCGACGGCCGUGCCGGCGCGGAGCCAGUCAAUGCGAAGCGACCUAGUUUCACCCGCAACCCCUUCCCAGGAGGCCGAUGCAUCCGCCAAACCGUCCAAGAAAAUGCGGCUCUAUCCGCACAUCCCACUGUCCCCCGAGAUCGUCGAGAAGUGGGACACGGUCUUCAUGCCGCAGAUCAACAGCGCCCUGCGGCAUUUCUACCGCAAGAACCCCGAGUCGGUCGAGAUCUCGCUGGAGUCGAUCGGCGAGUCACCGCAUAAAACGAGGCCCACGGUCUUGGUGGUCUGCACCUCGGUGCAGAAGGUCAAGGCGAUCUUGAAGAAGAAGCUAGGCAACAACCUCUUCGACGGGACAGCGGGCGUCGGCCUGAAGGUCUGCCAGGGCCGUGUUCUCCGGUCGCGCAAGGAGCCCGCCAGCCGCAGCAUGGCCAAGUCGGCCGAUGACGGCCGCGAGGAGGUCGUGGCUGCGAAUCCGGACUACCAAGAGCGACCGAAAAACGGGGCGAGCAUCGGAGCGUGGAUCGGCGACCGGCAUCUGCCUCCGGUGAGUCUCGGCGGGCUCAUCAUGGUGGAUGACCGGCAGUACGGGAUGACGGUGCACCACAUGCUGGAUGACCCAGACCAGGUGGUUGCGGCGGGAAACGAGGGCGCCCCGAGGAGCAUGGCGCGGGGCGUGCCAGACCUCGCGGCGUGGUAUGCCCAGCAACAGCAGCAGAGCGAGUCGGAUCCCGAUAGCAGCGGCACCGAGGACUACGCUUGCGAGUUCACCGAUUCAGACUCGGACACGCUAUCCGAGUCAGCCAUCACGAGCGACUACUCGGAGGAGGAGGAAGAGGAGGACGAGGACGAGCAGUACACGGAGCCCGGCGACAUCCCGGGUAUCGAACCGGGGUGCGGGGACGGGUACAUCAUCACGCAGCCCGCCCUGGACGACGUGCCCGACGGCUUCUACCCGUCCGCCGAGACGCAGGACGAAGACCAUCUCGACACGUACACGGUCGGCGAGGUGUACGCAUCCAGCGGGAUCAGGCGGCGCACGGAAAACGGCCUGCUGCAUGAGAUCGACUGGGCCCUGUUCGAGUUCAGCGAGGACCGGCUGCCGGAGGGCAACCUCAUCCCACACGUCGGCCCGUCAUCAGCAUCGUUUAAGUCGCGCAGAUUCUCAUGGGAGGACAGGCAUAAUAGCGACACGGCCGACGAAGAAGCCACCGUCAUCCACCCGACCUCGGUCGUCCCCUCCUCCAGUCUCGCCGGCCUCGAGGUCCAGUGCAUGGCCCGCACCAGCGGCUUCCAGACCGGCCUGAUCCUGCCCGCCGUCGCCUCGGUCAAGAUCUACGGCCGGACGUCGCCGAGCCAGAUCUAUCAGGUCUCCGGCAUCACCACACAAUCACCACACACGCACACGCACACCCAUCCCAGUCCUAACAGCAAACGAACCUAUAAUCUGCCCAUGGGCAUCCCAGGCGAUAGCGGCGCCUGGGUGGUCGACCGCGAGGAGGGCGCCGUGUGCGGGCACAUCCUGGCGUGGAGCGAGCGCAAGCGGGUGGCCUACAUCUGCCCGAUGGACGUGCUGCUGCUCGACAUCGCCGAGACGCUCGAGGCAAGCGAGAUUCGCCUGCCCGGCGGGGAGGUCAUCUUCUCGCGGAGGCAACCCUUCACUACUGGUCCAAAUAUUGCUACUAUGGGGGGGAAGAUGGGCGUGGCGAGGACGUCGACGCAGUCUACCGCCAGAACUGCGCGAACCAGCCGGUUUUCUACCACUACCACUACUAGGCAUAAUGACGGGGACGAUGACGAGGCGCCUGGUCUGGUGUCGGAGCUGAUGAAACGGAGGAGGUCGAGUACGCGGCGAUCGCAGCUGACGCAGAGGGGGUCGUACCGCGGGAGCCGGAAUAUGGCCGCGGCUGCGGAGAAGGAUGAAGAUGGGGACGGCUCUUGCGACGAGGCGGUUGAGGUGGAGUUGCCGCAGGAGUUAAAGGAGCUGCAGCUGUCGGAGCGGGAUGUGUCGAUGGGGAGGAGGCGGUGGGGGUUUGCUUGA